GCUACGACGCCGCCCGCCCUGUGUCGCGUUUUCAACCUGUCAUAACACUUCUACAUCCACUUAUUGUUUUUAUUCUUAUAGUAUUUUUAAAUGUAAAAAAACAAAAUUGAAUCACAAGUAUAAUAUGAAUAAGUGUUGUGCAAAAAGUUGUUGUUAGCGAUUUAUGCUGUAAGACCGGAUGAAAUUAAUAUCCUUUUAGAUGAGAUGCAGUCCACCGUUUACCGUUGAACCAGUGCCAAACAAGCCUAGGACAUUAAAAAUGCUGUAAUUACAAUACGCGCUUUAAAUAACCAGAUAUGAUUUAUACGAUGAACGUUGUACCAAUUUUGGUAUUAUAUUUUUCGGUUACUGUUACAUGUUUUGGUGAUAUAAAAGUUAAUUUGACGAACGAAAUCAAUGUAGUGCCUACAUCACUAACUCCGACCACUUUGUUAGCCACUGCUCACGAGCUCACCCAGUCUACUAAGGCUAGCGUAAAGCUAUUAGAGACUACAGAGCCACUCAGUCUAGCUGCUCUGACAACAAAAGAAAGCGCUAAAACAACGAACGAAAACGUUACUACAGAGAGCCCGACCACGAUUCGCAAAGUAACAACUCAAGUGUACGAUAGCACAAAAGGCUCGCUGAAAAGUGCAAGAAGGCAAAAGUUAAACACUACAUCUAGUGCACUUGGGAGUGCAGUACAUUCUUCAACGCGGCUACAAGAUCGCCUAGGGGCUUUAGACUGUGAUCUACCCGUAUUGCCAAGAGAGUCGCGUUUGUGGCGAGGCAAUGAGACACACGAGCUUAAUUUACCGGUCACCAUGUCGGAGGAAUGUAUGAGCGGUCGCGGUGAACGCGAAGAGGAUUGUUCUCCGGUUAUCGUGUCAUGGGAGGGAUCUGCUGACAUUCAAAGUGGUGAUAUCCUUAUCGUCCGCAUCGCAUACUUUACUCCAGUUGAUACUUCAGUUAACAUCGAUGGUGCAAAUGAAACAACUGACACGAACUCUUCACAUAAAGAGGAUAGAUCACACCAUGCUAUACUCCAACCUGCAGUGUAUCAAGUAACGAGGCAAGGUCAUGAACACUGCGAUGUGUCUGACGGAAUGUUACUUGAUAUUACACCUCUCGACGAAAAGGCUGCGAAAAUUUUUACACUUUACGAUAAGGACCUUACAGAAGGCGUGAACUUGUUAAUAGUUGUAUCCGAGAACUGGGGAUCCCAUUGCGUCCGGUUGAAGGUAACCGUAAAAUCGGAUAACUGCGGUGAAUCUCAAGACUGUUCUGGAAAAGGAGUUUGCUAUACUAAUGUUUCUAUGGAAGGUUACGAGUGCCAGUGUUGCCUAGGAUACGUUGGGCCGCACUGUGAAGACAGGGAUGUGUGCUAUCCGUCACCGUGUUUGAAUAAUGGCAUAUGUGUCGACCUCACGCAACCUCUAAAUGGCGCAAACUAUCAUUGCUUAUGUCCAUAUGGGUUUACUGGAAGAAAAUGCGAAAAAGAUCCAUGCUAUUCAGGACCUUGUAUCAAUGGAGGAUCAUGUAUGAGUAUGGCAAUGAAUGGAUCCACAACUUUUCACUGCGCCUGCACUGAACAGUGGACGGGAUCUAAUUGCGAGCUUCCCGUUACUGGAGGCGCAUGCGCAUCUAAUCCGUGCAAUAAGGGUAUUUGCGUGGAACAAGUUGAUAAUGAAAUAAAAGAACAGAAAUAUCGCUGCUUUUGUAAGCCAGGAUAUACGGGCGACCAAUGUGAGUUGGAAUACAAUGAAUGUGAAUCGUCACCUUGUGUGAACGGCGGCACGUGCACCGACCGCGUCGGCGCAUUUGAAUGUUCAUGUGGACGCGGCUACACAGGCGACACUUGCCAAUUGAAGGUUGAUCUUUGUUCUCCCAACCCCUGUCCUCCACAACGAUAUUGCACGGACCAUGGAAAUAGUUACUCUUGCGAAUGUCCCAGUGGCUUUGUUGGAGAGGAAUGCCACAUACCAGCUACAUCGGCUUGCGAUAACAAUCCUUGUGCUCAUGGCGGUACGUGUUGGAGUGGCGUGGACUCAUUUUACUGUUCCUGCAGGCCGGGAUAUACAGGGAGACUUUGUGAAGAGGACUUCAUUCUAGAAUCAGUGGUGGAUGGUGAGAGUGAGUUAGGCACGGAGUCCCGUGGUGGCGGUGGCUCCGUUCGUGAGUUGCACUUGCCGCUCGGUCUCUACCACGACCGUCUGCACAACGUCUACAUCGCGGCGGGAACCCUCGGCGCGGCUAUUGCUAUUGUCGGUGUUGUGGUGACAGCGUGUCACUGUCGAGUCAACAAGACGUACUCACGUCUGCUGUCCCGCUUGUCUCGCGUGUCGGAACCGGGCCCGCCGCACCACUGGCUGCAGGACAAGCGCGCCCCCGCCGCACCCUUUCAUCCGCCCGCUGCGCUCGACACCACCGAUAUGUACUACACUCUCGACUUCAGCGAUAGCCAGAGCUCCCCACUCAUACAAUAGCCAUCACUUGCGAACUGUUCCGAAGGGGAACGGUUCAAAAUACAAAUAUAACUUACUAACAGUCGGAGAGUUCGAUUAGACGUACCGACAUAAAGCAAUAAACCUAUGAAACGCUCGUUAGAUCGUUUGUAAUAUUUUAAUGUCUAAAAUGCAUUCGAGCCACUAGAGAGGCUUCACUCAAUGUGCAAAAUUAUAAUUCUGAAAAAUAUACAGAGGUGAAAUAUUUUGAAGUGCUAUAUGUGUUAGUGCUGAUAUGCAGGUAUUUUAUAUGAAUAUCUAAACGAACAUUUAAAUGAAUCGACGGUAAAGUUAUUAUUUUCGUGUGUGAUUAUAGUAAUCAUGCUACAUGAAAGCUCAAUAAAUUGUCGCUUGAAUCGCUUCUAGUACGAUGUAGCGAAGCCAUUAAUGGGCCCCGAGAGUGGAGCUUGAAAAUAUAAGGAUAGAACUUUCUAACUUUCAUGUAAUUUUAGAAAAUUUAUAAAAUUAAUUUUAUUUACUUUAAAAUUGAAAGUUCUAUUGUAUAAGUGUCGUGUUCGAUUCACUUAAUCGAACACGACACGUAUACAAUAGAACUAUAGACACGUAUACAGUAGAAUUUUAUGUGUAUUUUUAAUGUGUGUUAACGAACUUAAGAAUCGGAAUAUUUUUAACUACAGGUUUCAUAUGAUAUUAAUUUUAGUAAUAGAACUGCUUAUCAGAUUAAAAUCAAAAGUCGAUAGAAAGUAAGGAGUGCUAAGUUUGUUAGUUUAUUCUUGUGACAUGUGAUAGAAAAGUGGAAUAUAAUUGAUAAGUAUUUGGUAAAAUACCUGUCUAGUUGUAUUUUUUUAAUAUUCAUUAUUAUUAAUGGACAAAUGAAGUGCCUGCAUAGUACUGAAAUAUUUAGGCUUUUCGCGCCUGAAUAUAGUAUGUGUUUAUAUACGUAGUCGGUAGUACAGAUGUUGCUGUACAUCCUAAUAACUGUCCACUAAGAACGCACAAAGUAUUUAUUAUUACAUCUUGUAUAAUAUGAAAGGUAUUCAAGAUUGAUAGUUUUUAUAUUUUCUGUGUAAACAUUAAUUCAUCUAUGAAAAUGAAUUCUUAGUGGAUAGUAAGCGAAACGAAAUGACUGACCUUCAGCAUAGUUGCUUUUACUGAACUUAUCUUUAAAUCUUGUUCAAAUUUUCUUCUUAGUCUAGAUUAUAGGAGAUUCUACUUUUUUCUUUAUUCAGUCAUAGA